AAUUAGAUCAAGUAAGAGACUUACAUUCAGUUGCUAAGUGAAAAUCAUAAGUAAAGUGUUGACAGGAAUGAUAUAGAACUAAAGAAUGAAAGGAAUAGCAGUCUUUCUACCGCUACUGGUGGUGGUGCCAAGUUAUCUUAGUGACAACAGCGAAGAGAUAGAGGAACAAAAUUACUACAUAUACAAUGUUACGUCCUAUUAUUGCAUUCACAACAAACCAGGCGUUUUCCGCUGUGGGAAAUACAACAAAUUUGUGAAAGACGUUGAUGAAAAUUAUAUAAUUUUAAAGAACAGUGCCCUAAAUUCGUGCUCUACAGUUAAAAAGGACUUGCGUAACGUUAGGGACAUUGAACAAGUAAAUGUCACGUUUUGUGAAUCAUCGGAACAGAUCGACUCACUGGAAAACACUAUCACAAUUUCAGUACACGAUAUCUCUUGCCGAUACACCUACGAAAAAUUCAGUAAUGGAAAUUUCGAUCUGUGGGUCACUGAUAGUUGUCUUGAAUCUUUCCAGAUUGAGAAGAAAAAAAAAAAACGAGAAAGUGUAAAAGACGAAUCGAAAACUACCUGCAAAAAUUUUACUUCACCUUUAAAGUUUUCAAGUGUUGAUGCGUGCGAAAUUGUUGAACCCUUGAUAAAUUCCACACUAAAAUAUUAUAUUUUGAAUGAUACAAGGAACAUUAAACAAGAUUCAAACAGACCAGAAUCCUGGUACAUUUAUAAAAACAUGCUAGGGUUCACAGUUUAUUACGACGUUCACAAGCAUGAUCCAACCUGUACGACUGAUCAACAAUAUGGACGCCUUUUAUACAAGUGCAAGUGUAAUAUGAUACCUAAUCAGAAUCAGAUCUGCAAUGCGACUCUCAUAUAUGGCUUAAGAAUUAGUAAGGUAUACAACACUAACAAUAAGUUUAGUCACGUUGCGAAAUUUUUGAACAGCACAAACAGAUGCAGUUAUACACAAAAAUUGGAUGAAGGGUAUGAAAAAAAGGACAACACCGCUCUUGUCAUUGUGACCAGGAAGUACGGUGAGUUAAUUUUACAAACGAACGAAGAACUGUGUGGUAAAAAUAUCUGGUUAAGCAAAAAUGGGUUUAUAGUUUCCAAAACAAUGUUGGACACUUUAGAACCCGACUUUGAUACAGCGGUGGGAUAUGAUCACACAGGCGACGAUUUGGAGAAAAUUGUGUCCGCGCAAGAGAAACAAAUUAGCGACAUCAAAGCCUUGUUGUUUUAUUUAACAAUCCUUCUGAUAGUCUGUGUUUUAUGGUACGUUUUCAACACGUGCAUAAAUUUAUUCUCCUUAAGGAAGCUUAGACGAAGGAUUGCCAAGAACAAGUUGUACCUCAUGAACUGCGUAUCUCAGAGUUUGACGAGCCGUUAUCUGUACUUCAAUUCUGGAGACAACUUAAACAAUGAAGUAGUUAAAGUGCCGAAAAACGAUGAACUGUACGAGUACAUAGAAAAUUAAUGAUGUAAUCGUUACAAUUAUGCGUAUUUAUUUGAGGAAAUAGUGAAAAACAAGCAGGGUGUGCCUUUAUUAAACAUACUAACUUUUACUGUUGAUAGAGGACUUCAGUGUGAAUAAAUUUUUUUUUAAACUAUUUUCGUGAUAUCUAGUCAGUAUAAAUACUAAUGCAACUAAGCUGGCUAUGUCUUAUGACGACAUAAUGAGAUAAAGUCCUUUAAAAAUAUCGUACAGACGAUUCACUACGACCACCAGUGGUGUGGUAGUCAGUGCCCUUUUUUUAAAUAGAAUUGCUACGCCUAGCAAUUCUAAACGAAAAACUGUUAAGUGAUAAGUUCGAAUAUGUCGAAGAACAUGAAAGUGAAAAUGAAGUGUUUAAAACCAACUUUUGUUCAAAUAAACACUCAAAAAAAUACGGUAUUCAUAAAUUUCACUGUAUGUGUAAAUUAUUGAUCAAGUGUUAUUGUUUAUGUAGGAGUGAAAUUUAAUAAUUAACUUUAAAAUUUAUUUUUUCAAAUGUCAUAAUUUUUAGUUUAUAUGUAUAUACUUUUUCUCAAGCCGUAAACUUGCGUAAAAUAAUAUUUUCAGCAUUAAAAAUUUUUUCGUAUACAUGAAUUAACUCUAAACUCAGUCUUCAUAACU